AUUAAUUAGAGGGGGGAGUAAUCACAAUUUUCAUUCGAUUGUGUUCCAUGAUUUGUUUGUGUACAAACGGACAAAUCUUCAUAUUCGUGAUCUACAAACGGUGUCCUACAAAACUAGCUGCAGUUUAAUUACAUAAGUUGAUUUUUAAUUUUUUUCCGUCAUCAUGAGCAAGUGUCACCUGAUGAUGAUUAAUUACUCACGGUUCUAUAAACAAAAUCCAUAUAUGCACUAACGAUGUACAACCAUGUACAGCAAUUAGUUUUUCCGUUUACAACUUCCCGCCGGUCUAACUACAUUGCGGUUAAUUCUUUCCAGUUUUCUACUCGAUUGAAUUCCGGUUGUAAUCGCAUCUCUAAUGCGUUUUUCUUAUUGCUACAGCGUGAUUUUGAAUUUCCCGCUUCUGGCAAGCAUCGGUGAUGAAAAUAAAUCUCAUUUUUAUAAACAAAAGAUUAAUUCGGGUUUAUUUUCCCGAUUAAAUUACGAAGUGGAGGGACUAUUAAUUAUGAAACAUUGAAAUUUUUGUUUUAUAUCUGGUAUUUUGUCGUCAAUGGAAAUGAAGUCUGAAGGUUUAUGUGCAUAACGUGUAUAUGGGCUCUGAAAAGCAGUCUCUAAAACUGGCAGUUAAUUGAGUUUAUCCGUUUUUGUUUAUUUAUUGUUUAUUUAUUACCGUUAAAAGUACCCUGGAGACAUAAUGAGCCCUGACUUAUGUGAAUACAGUCCGGCAUUGAGCGCUAUUGGGGAAUAAGUGAAUUGAGGUUAGGUUAACUCUGGCGGUAGGGAAACGUCAAGCAGUUUAGCUCCAAAUCUAUUCAUAUCUCCAUGUAUAUGUGUAGAAUAUUUGACAAAAUCUAGACCCCCCUAGUGGAUUUGUUUAACACCGAGGUUUCUAAAUAGAAUAGUCGUUCCAUUUUAGUAAUUGGAAGUGCUUUGAACCUGCUGAGUACAAUGGCCCUUCUAGGGGCUCAACUGGUCAUCACCCUAGUGAUGGUGAGCCUCAUACAGAAAUUGAGUCCACAUUUUUCGUUUGGAAGAUGGAUAUUAUGUUCGACGGGGCUCUUGAGGUUUUUGUAUCCAACAGACCAGCAGCUGAAGAGCUUAGCUGGUAUUCCAAAGGAAAAACCCAAGAAGGGAAGACACAUGGAGAAUGGUAAAACACCUGAGACAUUUCACAUUCCUCGAAAUCUUGAUCUCACACUCGAGACUGCCAAAGUGUCACAACUCGAUGUAGUGCACUUGAAGUAUUACUCUGAGUUUCAGUGGCUAUUGGAUUUUUCGGUGUAUGCGGCUAUUACCUAUACCUUGACUGAGGUUUAUAAUUAUUUCUAUCCAAUUACCGAUGAGAUCAAUCUCAGCAUGGUCUGGUGCUCACUGGUUAUUGGAUUUGCAUUCAAGAUGUUACUGACAUUAUGGAUUCAGUAUUUCAAGGGUGAUGAGAGUGUUGGUGAGAGAUCCACCUGCAUCGUCACAGGUUUUGUCUACCUUCUCAUAGCUAUGAUGAUUCUGAUUGUUGACGAAAAUAAACUUGAAAUUGGUCUGGAUAAGGCGUAUGUCAGUUUCAACCACAGUGCCUCAGUUUUCCUAGGAAAUCAAGGCCUCUCUUCAGCUGGGCCAGCCUCCCAAAUAGUAUUAAAAUUCUUUCUAGCAAUUUGGUGUGGACUCCUCGGAUCUCUCUUCACCUUUCCUGGUCUGAGAAUGUCCAAGAUGCACUGGGACACCAUGAAGUAUUACAAGGACAGGAAAAUUUUAAAAUUAUUAACGAAUAUUAGCUUCGUCUCACCCUUGUUUCUGGUUUGUUUGUGGAUUAAACCAAUUAGCAGGGAUUACUUCAGUAUGAGAAUAUUCUCCGGAAUGGAUAAGCCACUGAUGACCUCGGAAGCCUUUGACAGUGCGAGGCUCAUUGUGAUUAUCCUGGUAGUUGUUCUCAGAAUAUCGCUGAUGCCACUGUACCUCCAGUCCUAUCUCAAUCUGGCCGAACAAAGAUUGGAGAAUCAGAAGAGAGAAGCUGGUAGAAUAACAAAUGUUGAGUUACAAAAAAAGAUUGCUGCAGUUUUCUACUACUUGUGUGUGGUGACUCUCCAGUUUCUAGCCCCUCUAAUGAUGUGUUUAUUCUUCGCUCUGAUGUACAAAACUCUCGGUGGAUAUAGCUGGAGUGCAAUAUUGACUGAUACUCCAUCAGAUGAAUGCUCAAUUAACGAUCGCUCCCCUCAGUCACCGCUAGAUCUCUCCGACACUGACAAAACAGUUACUCAAACCGUUGAGGAAUUGCACUUGGCGUUAAGCUCGCUACGUAAAAUAUUCACAACGGAAGUGUUCAGAGGACUCUUCGGACUGGCAACGUGGUGGAGUUGCUUCACUAUUUUUGCAACGAACGCGAUGGGAAUGUUUUACCAGAGUUACUUUGCGAAUGCGUAGCUACCUCAUUAAUUCUCUCCAAUUCAAUUGAAACUAUUACGAGAAUUGCUUAGCAGAUACGACAAAAUUUCAUCCCAAAAUUAAUGAAUUCGCUAUAAAAUUGUAUUAAAUUUUUAUUGAACGUCUUGUUAGGUCUAGACUCUAUCGAAAAGUUCCACAGCUCAUUUGCAUAUUUUAUUCAAUAACGCACCCCUAUUCAAUGGAAUCUAUUAUUUACAAGAUGGUAGAAUCCGAUUCUUAAAUUUUUUUUUUGUUUCAUUAAACAAAGACAUUUUAUGGAUGCAAGAAAUGUUAAAUACAUUGAAUAAAUAUGUAAAUACCGGAAAAAUUGUGAACUUCCGUUCAAAAAUUUUAAUGUACAAACAAACAAAAUAUAAGGUGCUCUAAUUAAUAAUGUCGAUAGUGUAAAUAAUCAAAUAACAUGAGAUACAUCAUAUUAAACAAAAAUAAACAAGAAUAAUGACAGGGACAAUAAAAAUUGAGAAAUUCAUUUUGGGAAGCUGAAUAGAAUUUUCUAGCGAAUUCGUUGUUUUUUGAAGAAUGAAAUUCUUUUGAAUCUGACAGGGGGAACUUAAUACUCAAUGAUAACGCACAUUACUAGGGUGAUUGAAUUUUUUAAUUGACAAGUAUUUUUUGUGAAUGAGUGCAUCAAACUUUGCCAAAGAAAUUUUCUUCCUCUACAACUCCACUGAGGGUAUCGUGUUGAUCCCGCCACAGGCACCUUCCGGCGCAUAAAACUGCACCAGAAUGAUCAGAUAAGUUGUGAUAACUCCAAUAAACUGAAAAUAUGCAGUGUAUGAACAUUAAACAUUUGCUCUUCAUUGAGAGGUGUAAAUAAAUAUAAAUAAUUGUGUAAAAAA